AAUCCGGUAGAGCAGGAAAAAACACGGAAGUGUAGUCUACGGCUGUAGUGCAAGCUAACAUUCAGCAGUGGUUUGGUGGUCUGUUUGUCAACUGUGGUCCAACCUGAGGCAUUGUUUGUGUGGUCCCCUAACAUUAUAGCAAAAUGCCUGAAAUACACAUAUCAAGGAUUCAAGUCAUUAACACUAGUGCUAGUGGUGGACUGGAAGGGUUCAAGGCACAUGCUGUGUUCCAGGAAAUCAACAAGAAACUUCAGGAGGACGGGGAGCAGUUUGUGAAGAAGAUCGGUGGUGUGUUUGCCUUCAAAGUGAAGGGCGGCCCGAAUGGACAGGAGGCAACUUGGUUUGUGGAUGUGAAGAACGGCAAAGGCAGUGUUCACAAUGACACAGCUAAGAAAGCAGAUUGCACCAUUUCCAUAUCAGAUAUAGAUUUGUUGGACUUGAUGACAGGGAAGAUGAACCCACAGACUGCAUUUUUUCAGGGCAAGCUGAAGGUCACAGGGAACAUGGGACUGGCCAUGAAGCUUCAAAACCUGCAGCUGCGUCCAGGCAACGCUAAGCUGUGAGACGUCGGAGCUAGCUGUAACAGCACAUCUGGACACUGAAUAGAGCUAACCACAAAGAAUUUAACAGCAAGUCUGUUUUCAGAUAAAUGUUCCAGUUCUGUAAACCUUCUCAUCCCCAGACUGAGCUGCUUUCCUACUACUGACCUCACUGACCAACCAGGGGAUUAAUCAAUACUCCCACUAAUCUAACUGGAGAAUAAGAUAGAUGGACAUAUAAUUAAUUCUCUAAUCAAGUCCGUGUCUGUAAUAUUGUCAGCACACUAGAGUAGAGACAGGUGCUCUGACUUUGUGAUACUAAUUCAGUUUACUUUGCAGCAUCUAUUGCUAAUGAAAUCUUUCUUGAGUGUAUUAUGUCUGGAAAUGUUUUGAGUAAAGCAGAUUGAAGUCACUUUCCACAGUCAUGGCUAAAAGAGUCUAAGUGCCUCCUUGUAUCAAAUUUGGAGAAAUGUUUUCCACUGUGGCUGCCCACUGUUUUAAUGGAUGGGAUUGUAAUUUUCUGCCAUGCUAUAAUUGCUUGACUCUCUAAAAGAUUUUUAUUAAAUAAAUUUAUCUUCACUGCAAGGUCCAUUAGGCGGUCUCGACUUCGCAUCAGUUUUUAUUAAGCAGAAACUGUAUUUAGAAGACAACUUUGAGUAAUUGCCAUUAACUUUGUUUAUACAAAUUUUCCAGGCAUGAACAAAAACCCAGAAAGUUUAUCUGUGAAAAUAAAAGUGGAUUUAACAACA